GGGCACCGCCGCCCGCCGCCGGGCAGGAUGGCUUUGACUUGGAUUCAAAUACCAACAGAGAGCAGAGCUCCCCUCCAAAGAGAGACUGUGACAAUUGGAUAGACUUUUCCAAAAUGUACAAUUCAAACCAAGAGUAUUACUUGAAGCUGGAAGAGUUGAAGAAUGCCCACAUGGAGACCAUGGCAAAACUGGAAAGUAUGUAUAGGAACAAACCCUAUUUAAAAGGAGUCCAAGCCUUGGAUAAGAGAAAUGACACCUCUCCAAAGUGCUGUAGGCCAACUUGGGACAAGAGCUCGUAUCAGCCUCUUAACCUGCACAAAUCCUUUUCAGACUCAGACUUAAGUGAUCCAUUGGACUCAAGUGUAUCCGACGUGUCUGAGGUAGAAUUAGUGUUUGAAGAAAACAGCAGUGAAACUGAAUCAUCCUCGUUUGCUAGGCAGCAGAUUGAAAAAAUGUGGGAUGGGUUCUCUCUGGCAGAGUACAUCUCCCGUGCCAAGCACAGCUUGCCCAGCUCACCACCCUGCAGGAAGGUGCCCGCGAAACAGAAAGCGUGGUCUCCCAGAAUCACCGUGCCCAAACCCUUCCAGAUGACCAUCAGGGAAGCCCAGAAGAAAGAGCAGAACAUCAAAUCCAAGUCACAGAUUGAACUGGAAAAUCACUUGCUGAAGAAGCAGCUGGAGGAGGAGGCAGAGUGUCAGAAGAAAUUCCGAGCCAAUCCCGUGCCCGCCGCCGUCCUGCUGCCGCUCUACCACGACAUCGUGCAGCGGAACGAGGAGCGCAGGAGGUCUGUGAGGGAGAGGAGCAAACUCAAGCUCCUGGCUUCCCAAAAGCCAUUUAAAUUCAUUGAGAGAGAGAGGCAAAGGAGAGAAGCCAGGAAAAUGCAGUUAAAAGAUGUUUUGCCACCUGAAAAUAAAACCAAAGCGUUCAGAGCGAGACCGGUCCCAAAAUGUGUUUAUAGUCCAGAUUUCAGUGACAAGCUAAAGGAGAAGGAGCUCUACAGGGAAAUCAGGAUCAGGAUGAGAGCAGAGGAGCUGCUACGAAAUUCAAGUGUACCCAACAGCAGACUGGCCUUAAAAGAGACCAACAAAAAGAAGAAACACAAGAGCACUGAGCACAAACCCAAGAUCAAACCAAGCAUUCCUGAUUUUGAACUCCUACAUGAGAAAUUCCAGAAACACCUCCUGCAACAAAAAAAAGUGAAACCCCUCACAGUCUGUGAGCCUUUCCACCUUUUUACUUCAUACAUUCCCUCAAACAAGGACAAGAUCUUGAAGGACAUUCAAGAGGAUGAAGAAACAUUGAAGGAAACACGGUGGCCAUUUGCCUCUCUGAGACGGAAACCUCAGAUGGGGCAGUCAGGGGAAAACCCACAUGUCUGGAGAAGAGGAAAACCCAAACCUCCCAAAAACACAGAAGCCACCAGACGACGGCUACAAGCCCUAAGGAAUUCCCUUGAGGAAAAGAGAAAGCUGGAAGAACAACAAAAGAGGAACAGAACCAAGCAGAAACAAAGAACGAAAAAAUUCCAGAAAAUUGUGAUGGCUCGGGCUGAGGCAAAUGACCCACAUCAGAGCCUAGCUCAGAUGUCUAAAUCCAGAUUAAAAACAUUCAGGAACAACGAGAGGCAGAGAAGGCAGGAAUAUUUGCAAGAACUGCAAGAAAUGGAAAAAAGAGUAAAACAAAUGCCAUUGCUUUUUGAAAGAGUUGCUCAGAAAAAUGCCAGAAUUGCUGCAGAAAAGUAUUAUUCAAACAGACUGAGAGCACUGGGGAUCUGCCCAGAGUUUGUUUCAAAGAAAGGAGGAGCAGCCAAAUCACUGCAAUUCUCCAAUGCUGGAGAUUUUACCUCUGCUGCUGUCAGAAAAAGAAUCAAAAAGGUUAAAGGGAAAAAAGGGGAAUCCUUUGAGGAAGCACCUGGUGACAAUCCCCAGUGUGAGCAGUCCUGGGAGGAGGAGGAGGAAGAGAAGGGACAAGGUGUCAAAACCUCCACCCCAGAUGAGCAGUGCAGUGACCUGGAGGAUGGGGACGAGGCCAGAGCCAGCCCUGAUGUCCUUGAGCCUGAAUUCAGCCAGACCAGUGAUGAGGAUGAGGAGGAGGAAGAGGAGGAAGCAAAGUCUAGCCCAUCACUUGGUCAUUCCCAGGAGGAAGAGGAGGAGGAAGAGGAAGCCAAGGCAGACUUGUCACUUGGUCAUUCCCAGGAGGAAGAGGAGGAGGAGGACGAGGAGGAAGAAGAGGAUGAGUCCAGGCCCAGCUCUCAGUCUGACAGGUCCCAGGAGCAUGAAGAGGAAGCUCAGUCAGACCCUGAAGCUGAGGCUGCUUUCCAGUAUGAGGAUGAGGAGUAUGAGAGUGAUGAUUCCCAGUGAUGAGGAAGGGGACUGACAGGAAGGGCUGCCACUCAGGAACCUCUUCCACUGCUGGCUGUGGAACAGUCACCAGAGUAAAACUUGGUGCUUUGCUACAAAUCCAAAAUUCUGUGAAUUUUUACCUCUUGGUUUAAGGCACCUGCUAGUG